UUAACUUUCUUCGUCUUCUCCGUUUUCUCCGAUUUUUUCUCCGAUCGAAGAUGUACGGCGCCGAUGAUCUCGCCGGCGAUUCAGAGCGAACUGCUUUCAGAAAAUCAGAGAAGAAAUACAAGUUAUAUUACGAUAAUAGUUCAAAAUCAUCGAAAAAGAAGAAACAACCGAAAGCUGUUGAUUUAUCAGAUGUUCUUGAUUUCCACUCCAUUUUGGAUUCGUACAAGGCAAAUGGUGAACUUCCUUCAGGAGUUUCAGUUCUUCAAUGUGAUUUUGAUCGGUCUGUUUUCUGUUUAGAUGAUCAUCCUGGGUUUUAUUUCAUACCUAGGGCAAUUGGAGUGGAUGAGCAAACUCAUUGGAUAAAGGAGAGUUUGAUCAAUUUUCCUCAACCGCCUAAUAGAACUAACCAUAAUGCAAUUUACGGAACUAUAAGCAAUAUCUUCGAUGCAGCUCGAAAAGGGAACGUUUUAGUUGAUUGUUCUUCGACUUCUCCUAAUCCUCCUAGAUGGAUAUUUUCGGAUGAACAAGGAGAUAAUACAAGUAAAUCAAUCUCUGCUUCUGUUUUAUUGCGGAAGUUAAGAUGGAGUACUCUUGGUCUGCAAUUUGACUGGUCUAGGAGGAAUUACAAUACGCUUUUACCACAUAACAGGAUUCCGGAUGAACUUUGUCAAGUGGCUAAGAGAAUGGCUGAUGUUGCGUUGCCUGAUGGAGAAGGAUUUCAACCUGAAGCCGCUAUUGUUAAUUACUUUGGACCAGGUGAUACACUUGGUGGGCAUCGUGAUGAUAUGGAAGUAGACUGGAGUAGACCUAUUGUUAGCAUGAGCUUGGGCUGCAAAGCCAUAUUUCUUCUUGGUGGAAAGUCAAGAGAGGAUGAGCCAAUGGCAAUGUUCAUGAGAAGUGGUGAUAUCAUGUUAAUGGCUGGAGAAGCAAGAGAAUGUUUCCAUGGUGUCCCAAGAAUAUUCACGGAUGAAGAAAAUGCCGAGAUAGAUUGUCUUGAGUCGCAGUUUUCGCAUGAAGACGAUAACUGCUUCUUGGAAUAUAUAAGAACUUCGAGGAUCAAUAUCAACAUCAGACAAGUUUUCUAAAGGAAAUGAGGGUUUUUUUUGGUGAUUUUCCCUUAUUUAUUUUCAAUGAGUGUUUCUUUUGGCAGCUUAGACAAGAGAAUGUGAAGUUACAGGUUUUUGUGAGGAAAGAAUAGAAAAAUAUAUCUAUGAUUUGUAUUGUAUUUUGUUACAUUUUUUAACUAUAAGGUUUAUUUUCACC